AUGGCCACUCUAAGCAGCUUUCUUACCGGCGCUCAGUGGCUCAAGCGGGGGCCACAGACCGCUGCUCAGCGACUCUACGCUUCAUACGCCUCUACCAUCGCAUCAUCCAACUACAGCCGUGGAGGCAAAAUUCCCGCCUUUUACGCCGCGGACGCGGUCUUCCACAACCAGAACAACGCAGACUACCACGGGAAGGAGAUUUGGCCGUGGAUCAAGGCGCUGUUUGAUGAGCUGGGAGCCCUGAAACACGACUUUACGCACAUCUGGGAGGUCCAAAAUGACGAUGGGUCCGUCUACCUCAUCUCUCAUCUUACACGCCACAUUUGGACCCCGGGAAACAACUCCGACAAGCCGACAGUCAGCGUUCCCUUUAUGUGGGUCAGCUUGAUCAAGCCCAGCAAUUCUGUCGAUGCUGUAGAUGGGAUGCAGUUUCAAGAGGUCUGGAUUUAUUGGGAUACUAACCUGCUUCGGCCAUUCUACCCUGAGGACGCCCUGGUCUUUCGCACCCACAAUACAUCUGCUAUCAAAGCCAAACUCUAG